ACACAUUUCUAUUUCACAGAUUCCUUAUCGCCAGCCUACUUCUCAGCAGACUAAGUGGGGAACUUUGCCAAGGCUGGUCCAUACUUACCUUAGCACUGGCCACGGCACUAUUUACUGACAUCGUGAAUCCAUCAGGGCCUUGUAUCAAAGGCGUUGCUACAGACUGCUUGGCUCACCUUGAAAUAAUCUUCACCUUGAAGUUGUCAUGGCAAGCGACUCUGCCAAGGAUGCUGCGUCGUCGCUUCCCGAUGGGUCCUUGUGCGGCCACGAGACCCUGGAAGAUAUGCUGAAAGCUCAUCUUCCCAAGGAUAAACUCGAGGAAGCCUUUCGCGUCCUUCAUGGUCAUUCGAACUGUGAAGGGCUGGCUUCGUCAGUAACCCUCCCGGAACCAGCAGUGGAGGCAGCACAACGCCUCGAGUUCGACCUACAGGCCUUCAGGUUCGGCGCUGCACGCGAGCAGCUUCGAGAGCCACGUGUCGUUCGAGCAGCUCUGGUCCAGAACCGUAUUGUCCUCCCCACCACAGCGCCUUUCGCGGAGCAGCGCAGCGCGAUAAUGAGCCGAGUGACAGAGAUAAUCAACAUAGCAGCGUCGUGCGGGGUUAAAAUCCUGUGCCUACAGGAGGCCUGGCCCAUGCCCUUCGCGUUCUGCACGCGGGAAAAGCACUGGUGCGAGUUUGCCGAGGUGGUUCCGGAGGCUAGUGGCAGUAACGGGGGUGAUGAUAAUAAUGGGGUGAGAUGUAACGGUAGUGGCAGCAGCAGCAGCAGCAGGAGCGGGAGCGGUGGGGGGGGAAGUAAGGCAGGUCCUACAGUGGAUUUGGUGUGUGAGCUGGCGAGAAAGCACAAUAUGGUGAUUAUAAGCCACGUGCUUGAAAGGGACGUGACUCACGGCAACACUGUGUGGAACACUGCCGUUAUUGUCGGCAACAAGGGGAACAUCAUUGGGAAGCACCGCAAGAAUCACAUCCCUCGGGUGGGUGACUUCAACGAGAGCACCUACUACAUGGAGGGCAACACGGGCCACCCAGUCUUUGAGACCGAGUUCGGCCGGGUGGCUGUGAAUAUCUGCUACGGCCGCCACCACCCGCUCAACUGGAUGGGCUUUGCACUCAACGGGGCAGAGAUAAUUUUCAACCCUUCGGCUACUGUGGGAGGGUUGAGUGAGCCCUUAUGGCCGAUUGAGGCGCGCUGCGCUGCCAUAGCUAACAGCGUUUAUGUGGGCGCGAUCAACCGCGUGGGCACAGAGACCUUCCCCCAUGCCUUCACCUCUGGCGACUGCCGGCCAGCCCACGCCGACUUUGGGCAUUUCUACGGCUCUUCCUACUUCGCUGCUCCUGACGGCUCGCGCACGCCUGCUGCCUCUAGGUGCCGGGAUGGCCUCUUGAUCGCCGAUUUGGACCUGAACUUGUGCCGCCAGGUGCGCGACAAGUGGGGCUUUCAAAUGACAGCUCGGUACGACAUGUACCGAGAUCUUCUGGACCGAUACUGCCGCCCGGACUUCAAGCCGCAGAUUGUUAGAGACCCCACCCUUCCCCCUGCAUGACCCCGCCCUUCCCCCUGCAUGACCCCACCCUUCCACCUGCAUGACACCACCCGUCCACUUGCGUGACAGUGUACAUGCAUUUUAUACUCAGCCAAAUAAUUAUUGACGUACCGUACAUCUACGGCAGCCUUUCCUUCACCUCUUCAGUAUGACGUUGCGAUUCAUUUUCUUGUGCAGCCCCACAUUACCAUUCAUGAGAAUGGGUACUGUAAAUAUUACAACUGCUGGUGUCUGACACCAUGUGUCCAGUGCAGGGCUCUGCUGUUACACAUUACAUGCAACUUGCAACUUGCAAGCCUGCAGCUCCCCCAAAUUGGAGCAGCAUGCCCAUGCAUAA